AUGAGUUAUAGUGGCAGUAAGCCGUCGUUUUUGACCUAUGAUGACUUAAUCGUGAAUAACUUAAAACCUGGCGAUCUAAUCGAAAUCGAUCGAGGAAACUAUAAUCAUUGGGUGAUGUUCGUAAAUAAAAGUGAAAACGGUUCCCAUUGGUGCUUUCAUGUUACAACCACCUCUGGAGAUUUUGAGAAAAAGGGUGCUGUGAUGUCGUCUGUGGGCAGUGUAUCGAAGGCAAUAGCGAGUAUUAGGAAACACAAAUUGAAGGACAUCAUCGAAGACACGGACUCGAAGCCGUCAAAAGCACGAAUCAAUAACAAAAUCGAGGAAGCUAACAAGAAGAAAUGUGCGUCUCGUCCGAUCCAACAAGUAAUUGAUCAGCUCGAAAAGCUGAAGGACCAAACGGUUCCAUAUAGUUUGACGACUUUGAACUGCGAACAUUAUGUGACAAUAUGGAAAUAUGGAGCUGGAUGGAGUCGUCAAGUUUUAGAAAAAACUAUUGACAUUGCAACAACUGCUGCGAUUGGUGUGGCAACCUUCGGAGCGGUUUUCGCAAUUGUUGGUGGCAUUUUUGGAUUAUUCAGCGGUUCUGCUAAGCACCAAGAAUACGAUUCGGACUCGGAUUAG